AUGAAGGAUUCGACCUGUUGGCCAACUUUAUCAGUUUGGCAAAGUUUUAAUGAAUCUGUCAAUGGACGAUUAAUUCCUGUUCAACCAUCUGCUGCAUUUUGUAGCGGCAAUCCACCGAAUAUUGAUAUCUGCAUUAACGCUCUUGCUCAAUGGACAAAUGCUACGUGGCGUGGUGAACAAGUUGGAGCUAUGCAAAAUUAUAAUUGGGAAAACACUACAUGUUCACAAUACCUAGAAAAUGUUACAUGUACUCAAGGAUCUGUUCCUCGAUUAGCAGUAAACGCGACAACGGCUGAACAUGUACAAGCAACAGUGCGUUUGGCUAAUGCAAACAAUCUUCGAUUAGUGAUAAAAACUACUGGACAUGAUUAUUUGGGUCGUUCAACAGCUGCUGAUUCUUUGCUUCUCUGGCUUCAUUAUAUGAAAAAUAUGACUUUAAUCGAGCAAUAUGCGUUAUGUACUGGUGAAACUAUUUCGAAUGCCAUUCGUCUAGAUGCUGGUGUACAAUGGGGUGAAGUAUACGCUUGGUUAUCCACUUACAAUUUGAUAGCAAUUGGAGGUGCAGCAAAAACGGUAGGCGCGAUUGGCGGUUUUUUGCAAGGUGGUGGACAUGGACCGUUGACUCGUUGGAAAGGUAUGGCUGCUGAUCAAGUUCUCGAAUUUGAUGUUGUCACUGCCGAUGGACAACGUCGUACAGUCAAUGCCUGUCAAAAUAAAGAUUUGUUUUGGGCGUUACGCGGUGGAGGCGGUGGAAGUUUUGCUGUUGUAAUUUCGGCUGUUUUACGUACAUUUCCUUCCCCAUCCAUGGUUAGUGUUCUUUAUGGCAUUUCUGCGGCGAACGAAACACACUAUGCUCGUUUCAUUCGAGAUUUUAUUCGAUUUAUGCCAACAUUAGCUGACGCUGGCUACGCCGGCUAUUUUUAUAUGACAGAUACCAAUAUAAACAUUGCAUUUUUCGUACCAAAUGGGGAUUUUUCUGUAACUACUGCGAUAUUUGAUCAAUUAAUGAAAAAUCAUACAGAUUUACAAUUCACGAUGAAUUCCACCGUUUCAAUACCAUCAUUUUAUGAUUAUUUUGCUCAAAUAAUGGCUACAUCGAGUUCUACAGGUGGUAAUGUUCUACUCGGAUCUCGUCUCAUUCCUGAAACAAUCGUUCGUAACCAGCCCGAUCAGGUGGCUGAAGCAUUCUUCCGAGCCAGAGGUCGAAGUGUAAAUCAAUCGAUACUAAUCGGACAUCUGGUAGCUGGACAAGUAUCUAAUAUAUCGAUUAAUAACAGUAUCAAUCCUGUAUGGCGUACCGCACUGCUACAUAUGGUUAGUGCGCAAGGAUGGGAUGAGAAUACAUCAUUUGCUGACCAAGAAAUUCUUGCUUUACGUCUUCGAACUCAAGUCGAAAUUCUUCAAACUGUGUCUGGUGGUGCACAAUCUGGCUGUUAUUUAAAUGAAGCUGAUCCAAAUGAACCAAAUUGGCAACAGAAAUUUUUCGGUUCAAAAGCGAUCUAUGAUCGAUUAAAAUCCAUUAAAAAAGUUGUCGAUCCUAAUGGUUUAUUCAUUUGUAAGAAUUGUGUUGGUAGUGAUGACUGGUCUGCUGACCUUAACUGUCUGAAAAAAUCCACUGCGAAUCGAGUCCAUGUCACAAUGCUUGUAUUUGUUCUCAUAAAACUACUUCAAGUUUUCAGCUGA